UAUGAUUCACACUUCAUAGUUCAUUGUUGUUGUUUUGGUGUUUAAGUAAAAUAAUUGCAGAGAUUUAUCUUUCUUUUAUUAGACGUUUAGUUAAUACAAAAUAUUGUUAACUUCAAUAUAAUUUCUAACUUAUUGCCUUUAAUCUUUUUUGAUCAAAUAUAAUUUUCCUAAGAAAAAACUUAAUGGUUUGUAUUUUGUAUUUCAUGAUUUAAGUGUGCCAAAUCAUUAUCAUAAUUAUCGGGCUUAAGCUGCUAUCAGCUAUGUGUUGGCCUCAUUAAAAUUAUGUCGGAGAGUGACGAAAGUGAUUUAGUGUAUGAAAUAGAUGCAAACGGACAAAGCAUGCUUGUAAGAUCUUUGGAAUCAACGCAGCGAGCUUAUCUGAGAUUUACAAAUAAAACAUCGCGUCCAAUAGAUAUUUGGUGGCGAGACUUUCGGGGCGUAAAGCGCCAUUACGUCCGCUUGGAGGAAGGUAGAUACUUUGACGUCAAUUCUUUUAUAACUCAUCCGUGGGAGUUCACGGACGUAGCAACUAAGGAACGGUACGUUAUAAACAAUAAUCCUAUUUACCGACCACCUACAAAUAUAGGCGGUAUGAUGUUUCGCGCAAAUUGGAAUAUUACAAUUGGUGUACGUAGCUUAAGACAUACUGUUUUGCUAGCUUUGGCAUUACAUUUGAAGGACUCUAAUGCCGUAAAUGCAUUGGGUUUACCAAGAGUGCUGGCUGAAGAGUUGCAGCGACUUACUAUACUGUUUCAUACACCCCAACCUCCACCAAGCAGAGAUUGACGAUUUAUGUUAUUUGUAUUUGUACUUCUAAUCUGUGUAUUUACAACUGUAUCUGAAUCAUUAAUGUUAAGUAUAAAUUUUACUACAAGUAUUGUGUAAGAUACAAUUAAUUUGAGCUAUAGAUCAUCAAUUAUUAAUUGUAAAAAUAAUUAGGUAAAUUGCAUUUCAUUUCAGUAAUGAAAUCAUAAUUUAUUAUAAUAAGUAUUCUGUAAAGGCUUUGAUAAUAAAUAAAUAUAAUAACAUUUGUUUAAUAAAAAAAUAAAAAUAAUUUAUAUUUGUCAGGAUCUGUCUAUAAAUUAUGAUCUGAAAGAUUAAUUAUUGUAGUAAUAUUUACACUCAUCUUUCUUCAUAGUUACAUUAAAUACAAAGAAUUAAUAUUAUUGACAUUAAAGACCUCCGGUAAUCCGGCACCCUCUGGUAUCCUACAUUCUCUAUAAUUUAUUAUUAAAAUUUUUUUGACAAUCUUCUCUAAUGCAUAAUUGAAGAAGAUAGCUUUUAUGUACCAAUACUAUUGUGCUGAAAGCUUAAGUUAUUGUUUUGUUCUAUAUAUUGUAAUAUGAUUUGUACUAAUGUACUCUACAUAUAGGAUCUGAGAUUUGUCGGAUUAUAAGUUACUCUUUUGUAAAAAAAUCAGGACUAUAUGGGGUCUUAGGCAGUAUUCUAAAAUCUGCCAAAUUCAAUAGUCCAACACUGCCCUGCAAAAUGUUUUUCGGAUUUGAUAUAUUUAAUAUAUUUUUGUAAAUGUAAAGCAAGUGAUAACUCUUAUAGCUUUAUAUAUGUAAAAUAUUUAUAAAUGUUAAUUGUUAUUUUAUAUAAGUAAUAUGUGCCAUCUUUACUGUUAAUGUAACUAAAUAGAUAUAGGUUUUUUUAUUGUAUUGACAUAAUAAAAUUUCUAGUAUAA